AUGUUUCGAGUGAAAAAAAGGCUAAUACCGAGAGAAUUUACCAGUUAUUUGGGCUUUCGCAACUACAAGGUUCUUUCUGUUGAAACUUCGUGCGAUGAUGCCUGCGUUGCCUUGUUAGAUCGGUUCGACCCCAACCAGCCGCCCAGGGUGCUUGCCAACAUGAAGUCCACGCUAGAUUCCCGAGAAGCAGGAGGUGUGAUUCCUACAGAUGCUCACGUGCAUAUCCAGCAGUCUCUUCCGCCGCUGAUAGCUCAGGUGUUGAAGGACAACGGACUAGACAAGACCAACAGCCCCGAACUUGUAUGUGUAACUCAUGGACCCGGAAUGGCUGGCUCGUUAAGUGCCGGAAUCGACGUGGCAAAGGGCCUAGCAAUUGCUUGGGGAUCACGUUUUAUCGGGGUGAACCAUUUGCUAGCACAUUUAUUGACACCACGGUUAGAAUCGAAUGGCCAAAAGCCUGCAUAUCCGUUCCUCACACUGUUAGCCAGUGGAGGCCACACCAUGUUGGUGCUUUCGAACGAUUUAUUGGAUCACGAGAUCCUUCUAAACACACGUGAUAUUUCAGCUGGAGAUGCUCUGGACAAAUGUGCCAGACGGAUAGGUAUUAGAGGCAAUAUGAUUGGCAAAGCUUUGGAAGAGCUACUUGCAGAAAGUCCCGAAGAUGCCAAAAUUCCAGUCGACUUGAACAUCAAGUUGCCUCUACUGAACAAGCCAGGAAGGUCUAAUGUGACUGCUUUUUCAUUCUCGGCUUUUAUCACGCAAGUUUCGGAGCAGAUGGCUGCCAACUAUCCUCAAGGACCAGCUGACGAUUCCAUACGCCGCGCUCUAGGAGCAAAAAUCCAAGACUCCAUCUUUGAGCACAUUAUUGAUAAGGUCAACCUGUGUCUUUCUGUGGAGAAAUACAAGGUGAGGAAGGUGCGGUCCUUGGUUGUAUCUGGCGGAGUUGCUUCCAAUAUGACACUCAGGAAGAUGUUGGAGACGAGGUUGGUCAAGCAGUACGAGGUGUGUGCACCUCCACCGGCACUUUGCACUGACAAUGCGCUAAUGAUUGGCUGGGCUGGGAUCGAGUUGUUUGAAAAUUAUAAUGCUUCAACAGAGCUGUCGAUUAGGCCCAUACGCAAGUGGAAUGUUGAUGACCUGAGUCCUAGUGACUUUCAGCAGAAUCACCAUUGA